UUUGGACAUCCUGAAGUUUAUAUUUUAAUUCUUCCAGGAUUUGGGAUAAUUUCUCAUAUUAUUACCCAAGAAAGAGGUAAAAAAAUUGCAUUUGGGGCAUUAGGAAUAAUUUAUGCUAUAUUAGCCAUUGGACUUCUAGGAUUUGUAGUAUGAGCUCACCAUAUAUUUACGGUAGGAAUAGAUGUAGAUACACGAGCAUACUUUACUUCAGCUACUAUAAUUAUUGCUGUACCUACAGGAAUUAAGAUUUUUUCUUGAUUAGCAACCUUGCAUGGGAUUCAAUUUAAUUUAACUCCCUCAUUACUAUGAACUUUAGGAUUCCUAUUUCUAUUUACUAUUGGAGGAUUAACAGGUGUAAUUUUAGCUAAUUCAUCUAUAGAUAUUAUCCUUCACGAUACUUAUUAUGUAGUAGCCCAUUUCCAUUACGUACUUUCCAUAGGAGCUGUAUUUGCUAUUAUAGCAGGAUUUGUACAUUGAUUUCCUUUAAUAACAGGAUUUAAUAUAAAUAAUAAACUACUAAAAAUUCAGUUUUAUUUAAUAUUUUUAGGGGUAAAUAUAACCUUUUUCCCUCAACAUUUUUUAGGAUUAAAUGGUAUACCUCGUCGUUACUCAGAUUAUCCUGAUGCUUACUGCAUAUGAAAUAAAAUUUCCUCUAUUGGUUCUGUAUUCUCUUCAAUUAGAGUAAUUUUUAUACUAAUUAUUAUAUGAGAAAGAUUUUACUCUAUACGAAUAAGAAAAUUUAAUUUUAACAUUCCUACUUUAAUUGAAUGAUUCCAACUCAGUCCUCCAAAUGAACAUAGAUAUUCAGAGAUCCCUAUAUUAGCUAUAAAAUUCUAAUAUGGCAGAAUAGUGCAUUGGAUUUAAACCCCAAUUAUAAAGUUACCUUUUUUUAGAAAUAGCUACCUGAAAAUCUAGUUUAUUUUUAGAUAGAUCUUCAUUUCUUCUAGAACAAUUAAGAUUUUUCCACGAUCACGCAUUAUUAAUUUUAACAAUAAUUACCUGUACUGUAGCUUAUAUCAUAUUAAGAUUACUAUUUAAUAAAUUCAAUCAUCGAUUUUUAUUAGAAGGACAUACUAUUGAAACUAUUUGAACAAUUCUUCCAGCUUUUACUUUAAUUUUUAUUGCUUUACCUUCUCUUAAAUUAAUUUACCUUAUUGAUGAAAUUCGUAAUCCAUUGAUUACCUUAAAAACUAUUGGGCAUCAAUGAUAUUGAACCUAUGAAUAUUCAGAUUUUAAAAAUUUAGAAUUUGACUCCUAUAUAAUUCCUUCCAGAGAUAUUAAUAAUUUUAAUUUUCGAUUAUUAGAAGUUGAUAAUCGAACUGUUUUGCCAUAUCUUUCUCAUGUUCGAUUAAUUACCUCUUCUGCUGAUGUAAUUCAUUCAUGAACUAUCCCUUCUUCAGGGGUAAAAAUUGAUGCUUCUCCCGGACGACUAAAUCAAAUUAGAUUUACACUAAACCGUACAGGGAUUUUUUAUGGGCAAUGUUCUGAAAUUUGUGGGGCAAAUCACAGAUUCAUGCCUAUUUCUAUUGAAAGAAUUUCCCCUAAAAAUUUUAUCAAAUGAAUUGAAAACUUUU